AUGGAGACCGCGACUACGCACGCAUCCAGCAAGCAGGUUGUCCUCAGUCCGACUUCCAAGGAGUACGCUCCAAAGAUGCCACAGGACUUACGCCAGAAGCGAAGCGCAUACGGAUGGAAGAUCGUCGCCGACGUAAAGACCUUCUCCUCGCGGCAUCCCGUUGCCCAGGUCGUCGACCUGCACGACGUUCGCUCCUUUUACGAGAGUAAGGCCAGGGAAGUAGGCAUAUCCCGAGGGGUCAGCAUCCUCCUGCUGGAUUAUGACAAGGCGACGAAAUCGCUCACCUUCGUGAUCUGGCUCGCUCGUAACUUCAUCACCUUCUACGACAAGCUCUUGAGCCCCGACCGUCAAGUUAGAAUACCCUCCCAGCAAGACAUCUCCAAGUUCUGCGGGCUUGCGGGACUGGAAGAGCCUGGCUGGUUUCCCCUGUAG